UUCAUUUUGUUCUUUUUUUUAAUAAAUGAAACAGGGGCCUUAUCAGCAACAUUUACACUAGUAAAUCAGUGCAAUUAUCAAGUAUGGCCUGGAAUUUUAUCAGGUGCAGGCACACCCCAACUUGCUCCAACAGGAUUCAUGUUAAACCCCGGCCAGUCCGUUUCGGUUUCCGUGCCAACGGGCUGGUCGGGUCGUUUAUGGGGUCGGACUUUCUGUUCCCAAGAUUCAUCCACAGGCAAAUUUGCCUGUGCAACAGGCGAUUGUGGCUCCGGAACAGUGGAAUGUUCCGGAGCUGGAGCUGCUCCGCCAGCUACUCUGGCGGAGUUCACCUUGAACGGUGCUGGAGGGCUUGAUUUCUACGAUGUUAGCCUUGUGGACGGUUACUUACCAAUGCUUAUAACUCCACAAGGCGGAGUUGGAAACUGUUCAACAACCGGUUGUGUUGUUGAUCUUAAUGGGUCAUGCCCGAAUGAGCUGAAGAAAAUGAUGAAUAGCUUAAGUAGUGAGUGUGUGGGAUGUAAGAGCGCUUGUGAAGCGUUUGGUGAUCCAAAAUAUUGUUGUAGUGGAUCAUACGCGUCUCCUGAUACCUGUAAACCAACGGAGUACUCAUCGUUCUUCAAGAGGGCAUGUCCGCGAUCUUAUAGCUAUGCUUAUGAUGAUGGCACCAGUACCUUUACUUGUGGUUCUGCAGAUUAUGUUAUCACCUUUUGCCCUGUUCCUUCUGAUAGCCCUAAAUCACCUGGAGGAGGUGCUGGCGACGGAUCGUCGGCCACGAGCCGCGGCGUAUUAACCAAUAGUCUAUCACCAUUCUUGACAAGCUUGAUAAUCACUAUUUUAGCAGCAGUUUGGGAUAUGAAGCAGUUGCAUUGAUCUUGUACUGCAAAGGCGUAUCCUGGAUUUCGGACGGAUAGGAGAACUAUUACGAAAAGAUGCAUCUAACAUAUAAAUUUUGAUCGGUUUUAGUUAUUAUGUCCAACUUAUAUAAUACUAUUAGUUUUAAAUUUUAAUAUACACAUUUGAUUUAAUUAUA